AUGAAACGAGGCAUCCAAUUGAAAAGCAAACCGCAAUACACGCGGAGCGUGAAGCGAGUCAUCGAAGCCAUCAACAAGAAGAGUUUCAGCAACUCCUACUGUCUCCACAUGAUUUACGACCGAGAAAUCGUGGGCAACAUGUUCCUGUACGGCUCUGGCCACAUUCCAAUGCUCUCCACGGCCAACGGCUGCCCCAAUAUUUUAAUCUGGUUUAACGACCUGGAAAAAAUCCUCGGCGAAUUGUCCAGCGGGCGUUUGCCGCGAGAGGGAAAAUACGUCAUCUUCACGUCUUCGGUGGACGCAGGAAAUGGAACUCUUCAGCGUUUGGUCGAAAAGGAAAUGUAUCUCGACGUUUGGCUCACUCUAUUGAGACCGGAUUUCGCGGGUGAGCCGAAGCAGCUGGGCAUCGCGGUGGGCGAGAACGGCAGGGUGGACCUGCAGGGUCGCACCCUGCACGUGGUGGGCGUGAAGAACCCGCCGUUCACGGUGCUCGACGCGCAGGGCAGGGCGCGCGGCGUCGAGGUGCGCGUCGUGCGCGAGUUGGCCGACGCGCUCAACUUCCGCUGGCAGUUCCACGAGCCGCGCGACAAACAGCUCUGGGGACACUUCGACCGGCAGAAAAGGGCCUGGACAGGACUCAAAGGAGAAUUGGCGGAGGGGAAGGCGGACAUCGGGGUGGCGAUGCUGUACAUGGCGCUGGACCACUACGAGGCCUUCCAGAUCAGCUCGCCGUACACGUCGGUGUGCCUGACCUUCCUGGUGCCGGCGCCGAAACGCGUGCUCGGCAACUGGGACGCCCUGCUCAAGCCCCUGAGGCCCGAGACGUGGGCCUCGUUCGCGGCCAUCGCCGUCCUCUUCACCGGCCUCUUCUACCUGACUGCCAGGAGGAAGAGGUCGCUCGUCGAGUGCACCCUCUACACCGUCCAAAUGGCGGCACAGGUGUCCGGUCGUGAGCCUGGCUCGUGGGCGUCGCAGCGCGUGCUGUGCGUGUCGUGGCUGUUGGGCUGCUUCCUGGUGGCGAACCUGUACAACAGCGAGCUGUCCGCGUGGAUGGUGGCGCAGGUGACGGAGACGCCGCUGCGCACGGUGGGCCAGUUGGCGCGCAGCCGGCUCACCUGGGGCCGCCUCGACACGGACAUGCUCAUCUACCUGCAGCAGGCCGGCACCUCGACGGCCGCCAAGCUGGCCAGAAAGUUCCGCCUCGCCGCCUCCGAGCAACAAAUGGAGGACAGCGUCCAAAAGGGCGGCUACGGCAUCUUCGUGCACGUCCUCAGCGACGGAUACCCUUCCGGAGCAGAGUUCCUCUCGCCGGCGGCGCGCAGGAGCCUCACCACCCUUCCGGACUGCAUGGCCUCCAGGUACAUUUCGAUCGGGAUGCGUCGCGGGCUGCCGCUGCAGCGCGCCACGAGCGUGGAAUUGCGUCGUUUGCAGGAGGCGGGGCUGCUGCAGCAGUGGCAGGCGCGAGACGUGCGCAAAUUCGGCGACAGGGCCGACUACCGCGCCGUCGCCGACUCGCACGACGAACAGCUGGCGCCGCCGCUCGGCCUCGACAACCUGGCCGGCGCCUUCGCCUUCCUGCUCAUCGGAUUUGCCUUCGCCGCUGCCGCUUUUGCCGCUGAAAUCGCGGCAAAACCUUUGCACGAACGACUGCUACAACUCGAACAGAAUUAAUUGUUCGGUCCAAAUCUAUUGCUCUAUUUAUUUAUAUUAGAAGAAAUUGAUUCAACUGUGAAUAAAAACAGGAAUAUAUGUGGAAAAAACAAGAAUUCAUCUCUUCUUGUAAAAUCCUCGACGCUGAUUGGCUGAAAUCGCGCAUGCCAGAUUCUCCCGCGCAAUUCAAUACGCUAAUUGCAAGCUGUUGCUAGGCAACCGCGGGAGCGUUGACGUGCGUUCAGCGUCAGCCAAUCAGCGUCGAGAAUUCUCUGAGCAAAGAAUUCUUGCUACUUUUUCGUUUAACAGGCGAAUCAAAUUCAUUAAUUAUAUGUACAUAAAACAAAUUAUUUUCAUCCCUCAGU